AUGCCUGACUUAGAGGCUUUCGAAGACAGGCUGAAAAAAUUUAAGUACCGCGGUAAAGAUGUGUCUGCGAGGCGACAACAGAGGAUUGCUGCCAACUUGCAACUCCGAAAGGCUAAGAAAGAUGAGCAGACCUUAAAGAGAAGAAAUAUCAGCCUGUUCUCCAAUGACUUGUUUUCUCAGGAACCAGUCAAGGUACAGGCCAGCCUCAUUCUGGAAGACAUAAUCAAAGGUGUGAAUAGCUCAGAUCCAAUGGUGUGUCUCAUGGCCACUCAGGCUGCCAGGAAAAUGUUAUCUCAGGAAAGGAACCCUCCUCUAAAAUCGAUUAUUGAGGCAGGGAUCAUUCCCAAGCUGGUAGAGUUCCUGAAGGUGUCACUUCUCCCCAACUUGCAGUUCGAGGCAGCGUGGGCUCUCACCAACAUUGCCUCAGGAACUUCAGAGCAGACCCAAGCUGUUGUGAAAGGGGGUGCCAUCCAGCCCCUGAUUGAACUCUUAUCUUCCCCACAUAUGUCUGUGUGUGAACAGGCAGUGUGGGCCCUUGGUAAUAUAGCUGGUGACGGCCCAGCAUUCAGAGACAAUAUCAUUUCCAACAAUGCCAUCCCCAAACUGCUUGAUCUCAUUUCGACAAACAUACCAGUCACAUUUCUUCGGAACAUCACAUGGACUUUGUCCAACCUGUGCCGAAACAAGAAUCCGUACCCUUCCCAGGAGGCUGUGCUGCAGAUUCUGCCCACCCUCUCUGAGCUCCUGCAGCAUCAUGACAAUGAGAUCCUCUCAGACACCUGCUGGGCUCUGUCCUACCUCACAGAGGGCCACAAUGAUCGCAUCCAUCACGUGGUGGCCAUGGGGGUCCUGCCCAGGCUUGUAGAGCUCAUGACCAGCCCGGAACUCAUUAUCUUGACCCCUUCUCUCCGUACUAUGGGCAACAUUGUCACAGGAACGGACCAGCAGACCCAGAUGGCCAUCGAUGCUGGCAUGCUGAAGGUCCUGGGCCAACUCCUAAGACACCCAAAGCCCUCUAUCCAGAAGGAAGCUGCCUGGGCCAUGAGCAACGUGGCAGCUGGGCCCAAACACCACAUCCAGCAGCUGAUUACCUGUGACCUGCUGCCUCCGUUGGUAGCCCUACUAAGAAACGCAGAAUUCAAGAUCCAGAAGGAAGCUGUGUGGACCGUGGCUAACUUUGCAACAGGGGCCACUCAGAACCAGUUGGCCAUGCUUGUCCACUCGGGAGUCUUGGAGCCACUGCUGAAUCUGCUCACUGCUCCAGACCUGAGGAUCGUCACCAUUAUCCUUGACAUUGUUUCUUUCUUUCUCCAGGAGGCAGAUAAGAUGCAUGAGAAGCAAAAGCUGUGUCUUCUGAUGGAAGAAGUUGGUGGUAUUGAAAAAAUUGAGGCCUUACAGCUCCACCAGAAUUGUCACAUUAGCCACAGUGCCCUGAACAUUAUUGAGAAACACUUUAGCGGGGUGAGUAACAAGGGCCCUGUGUCCUGGGGCUACCUCUUGGUAGCCAUGCUUCCAACACUAUUGCUACAAACCUGGCGAUCAGCCAUGCUGACUUCUCUUCCCCACCCUCCUGAAUUUAGCUGGCUGCCCUCCUGGCUCCUGUUGUUUAGGUGGCCUUUGAGUAUCAAGCAGCUUGUCUGUGAGCUGGGAGGUGGUUCAGCUUGCUGAGUGCCUGUUGUGCAAGCAUGAGGACCUGAGUUCGAACUCAUGAAAAAAAAAUCCAGGAAUGUAGUAACAUGUUUAUAAUCCCGGUUCUGGGCGGGACUAUGGCUAGCCAGGCUAGCCAAGUGGAGUUCUAAUCCAGCAAGAGUCUCACACAACAAAACAAAAAUAUUGUGGAGGGGCUGGUGAGAUGGAUCAGUGUUGUAUU